GACGCGAGCGUCGCUUCCCAGCAUGCAGUGCGCGAGUGAAGAUGGCGGAAGGCGGCGCGGCGGAUGUGGAGACGCAGAGAGGCGAGAUCGCGACGCUCCUGAAGACGCCGCUGCGCAGAGCGGAUACCUGGUAUCUGGUGGACAGUCGCUGGUUCAAGCAAUGGAAGAAGUACGUGGGCUUCGACAGCUGGGACAAAUACCAGAUGGGCGAGCAGAGCGUGUACCCCGGACCCGUGGACAACUCAGGCCUGCUUACAGACGGGGACGUGCUGGGCCUCAAGCAGCACCUGAUCGAUGAGCUGGACUACAUCCUGCUGCCGGCGGCCGGCUGGAACAAGCUGCUGAGCUGGUACGGUCUGAGCCCGGGACAGGAGCCCAUCGCCCGCAAGGUGGUGGAGCAGGGCAUGUUCGUCAAACACUGUAAGGUGGAAGUCUACCUCACCGAGCUCAAGCUGUGUGAAGACAGCAACAUGGAGAACGUGGUGACGCGCCGCUUCAGCAAAGCAGACACCAUAGACAGCAUCGAGCAGGAGAUGCGGAAGCUGUUCAGUAUCCCGGACGAGAAGGAGACGCGGCUGUGGAACAGGUACAUGAGCAACACCUUUGAGCCUCUGAACAAGCCGGACAGCACCAUCCAGGACGCCGGACUCUAUCAGGGACAGGUUCUAGUGAUCGAACAGAAGAAUGAAGACGGCACGUGGCCUCGCGGCUCUUCAGCGCUCAAGUCAUCUGGUGCUUCCACUCUCUCUUUACCAAAGAUCUGCCCUUCAUCUCUCACAAACAAUCAUAACAGCAGCUUCAGCGGCCGCAACAUGAAGAGCUCCAGCUACAGCCUGCCGUCCUACCCUCCCUACAGCAGCUACGAGUGCUCGGACCCAGGCCGGCACGCUGAGAGAGCCGGCCUCUGUGGCCUGUCCAACCUGGGGAACACCUGCUUCAUGAACUCGGCCACACAGUGUCUGAGCAACAUCCCUCCUCUGACCGAGUACUUCCUGAAGGACAAGCACCAGGACGAGCUGAACCGAGAAAACCCUCUGGGCAUGAAGGGUGAGAUCGCCAAGGCCUACGCUGAGCUCAUAAAGCAGCUGUGGUCUGGGAAAUGCAGCUAUGUCACGCCGCGCCCCUUCAAGACUCAGGUGGGCCGGUUCGCGCCUCAGUUCUCGGGUUAUCAGCAGCAGGACUCUCACGAGCUGCUGGCCUUCCUGCUGGACGGACUCCAUGAAGACCUGAACCGCAUCCGCAAGAAGCCCUACAUCCAGCUGAAGGACGCCGACGGCCGGCCCGACAAGGUGGUGGCGGAGGAGGCCUGGGAGAGUCACAUCAAGAGGAACGACUCCAUCAUUGUGGACAUAUUCCACGGCCUGUUCAAGUCCACUCUGGUGUGUCCCGUGUGCUCGAAGAUCUCAGUGACCUUUGACCCCUUCUGCUACCUGACGCUGCCUCUGCCCAUGAAGAAGGAGCGGACGCUGGAGGUGUAUCUGGUGUGGCUGGACCCGCUGGCCAAACCCACACAGUAUAAGCUGACAGUGCCUAAAGUGGGCUACAUCUCGGACCUGUGCGCAUCUCUUUCGGCUCUGUCGGGCGUCUCUGCUGAGAAAAUGAUCGUGACGGACAUCUACAACCACCGCUUCCACCGCAUCUUCGCCAACAACGAUCACCUGAGCAGCAUCAUGGAGCGCGACGACAUCUACGUGUUUGAGGUGGCCAUCAGUCGGCUGGAGGACACGGAGCACGUGCUGAUUCCUGUUCAUCUGCGGGAGAAGUACAAGCAGUCAGGCUUUAACCACACCAGCACGCCGCUGUUCGGCCAGCCCUUCCUGCUUCGCGUCCCGCGCUCCCUCAGCGAGGACAAGCUCUACAACCUGCUGCUGCUGCACCUCUGUCGUUUCGUUCGACCGGCCACGGAGGACAAGGAGUCAGAGGAGACGCUCUCGUCCAAGCAUCCCUCCAUCAACGGCAGCGCCACCAAUGGUUUGAUGGAGGAGGGCUCGCCCAGUGAGAUGGAGACGGACGAGCCGGACGACGAGUCCAGUCAGGACCAGGAGCUGCCCUCGGAGAACGACAACAGCCCAUCGGAGGACUCGGUGGGACUCGGAGACAACGAGCUGGAGAACGGCUUGGACCCCGGCAAAGGCCUGGCACACACGGCCCAGAAGAAGAGGCUCUUCACCCUCCAGUUCAACAACAUGGGGAAGAGCGACGCCAACUUCCUGAAAGGAGAGAUCCGCUUCGACGAGGACCACAUGCGGCUCAGCGAUAGAUGCUAUCUGUCCCUGGACUGGGAGCCAGAAAUGAAGAGGAGGUACUUCAACGAAGCUGUGGCCGAGGACUUCGAUAAGCAUGAGAGUAUGGAGUACAAGCUGCAGAAGAAGAGCUUCUUCAAGCUGAAGGACUGCAUUGACCUCUUCACCACCAAAGAGAAGCUGGGAGCAGACGACCCCUGGUACUGUCCGCACUGCAAGCAGCACCAGCAGGCCACCAAGAAGCUGGACCUGUGGAGCGUGCCGCCGGUGCUGGUGGUGCAUCUCAAGCGCUUCUCAUACAGCCGCUACAUGAGGGACAAGCUGGACUCGCUGGUGGACUUCCCCCUGCGGGAUCUGGACAUGACAGAGUUCCUCAUCGAUCCUAACGCGGGGCCGUGCCGCUACGACCUGAUCGCCGUCUCAAACCACUACGGAGGCAUGGGAGGAGGGCACUAUACUGCCUUCGCCAAGAACAAGGAGGACCAGAAGUGGUACAACUUUGAUGACAGCAGUGUGUCUCCGAGCAGCGAGGAGCAGAUCGUGUCCAAGGCGGCGUAUGUGCUCUUCUACCAGCGGCAGGACACUGUUAAAGGUACGGGCUACUUCUCCCUGGACCGCCAGGCUCCGGACGAGGAUGAGGACCAGGCCAGCGCCGGCGCUCAGAGCGAGGAGGAUCUGAACGACAACCAGCCCGAGGAAGAGCUGGACCCCAGCCGAGACGUGUCCAUGAGCUCUUGAGGAGCGGGACGAGCCACAUCCACAGCCAUAGCACCUGCUCUCCACGGAGCCGCCACGGACGGAUGCAGGCCGUGCUUCUGCCCGGGACUUGUGUUCUCGCAUGAGUGAAGAGUAGAGCAGAUUUACCUGUGCGCUUGCUUGAUUCUGUAUAUAACACUGAACGCACUACUGAGUGCUCCGUUCUCCUGCACAAUCACUGCGUUUGUUUUAGCGUGUCAGCGGCGUGAGGUUACAGCUCCUCUGCUCCAUGUUUUCUUUCACCUCAGCCUUAAUGGGAUCUCAGACUGUUGCCUUCCCUUCGCACAGGUCUCACUGGCGUAAGUCACAGCUGUGCAUGAAAGAGGAGGACCGUUUCCCUGCUUUGCCUUUGGUUUUGAUGAAUGUUCUCACUCGGUUCUUUUCUGUGGGAAGCGACAGGCGUUGCUUGCGCUGACGGACUGCUUAGGUUUAUAAAUACUGUACAUAAGAGUUCACUCUAUGAGUGCACAAAUGAUAAAUCUAUUUAUUUAUAAUACGGAGGGCAGAACAUGGACUGAAUGUGGCUUCGGUCGAGGACUUCUUGCCAACACUGUGUCCAUCUACAGGACACCGAGUGGUCAGAGGGUUUGUGAACAUUGACAUCCUUGCAUGAUUGGAGGAUUUCCUUUAGCUGCACUUGAGUUCACUUUGGUUUACAUUUGAAAUGUGCAUGUGUAUUUAUAUACGGACUUCAAUAAAUCUGAGUCAAGUCUG